GCUUUUCCUCCUUUUCUUAUUUACUUGCUUUGUCUAACUCUUUAUACUUCAUCGUUUCCAAAGAGAAAGAACGAAGGAUCGGUUCGGUGAUCUUAUCCUCUCACAGCUACCACCAAAACAAAAACUCUCUCUUUUAUCUCCUCCAUUGAUUCUACUGGAAGAGUGAACAAAGAAUCAAGAGAAGAAGAGUAAGAAAUGGAGAAACAAAGCAGCGUUCAACAGCCUCCAUGGAUUCCUCAGACACCCAUGAAGCCGAUUUCUCCGCUCUGCUCAAAUACGGUGGAGGAGCCAGUUCAUCGGAACCAGGUUGAAGAAAGGAUAUUUGUUGGGAACAAGGACACGAAUGGUCUUGAUCACUUGUCUUUUGGGGAUUUGCUGGCUCUAGCCAACUCUGCAUCACUCUGUUUCUCUGGUCAAAUCCCAAAACCUACUACAAGAGACACAGAAGUGAUGGACAAAGGUAAUGAAGCCGUGGAGAGUGUGAUCUCAGUGAGUAACAAUGUUGCUGAACAUAUCAUCAAGACUCCUGAAAAACCAAAGAGGAAGAAGCAUCGGCCAAAGGUUCUUAAAGAAGCUAAACCCAAGAAGGCACCUAAACCGCCAGCUCCAAGGAAAUCUGUUGUUGCUGAUGGUCAAGAGACCAAAACACCAAGGAGGAAAUAUGUGCGGAAGAAGGUGGUCAGUAAGGAUCAAGAGUCAACUCCUGCUGAAUCAUCAGCAGCUGUAAAAACUUCAACUCGUGCCAAGAAGCUUUGUAGACGAGCUUUGGAUUUUGAACCCGGAAAGGGAGAUGAGAUGGAAUCAGCUGUUUUAGAUUCUGGGAAUCAAGGAUCCAACGGUUGCCUUCUUUCGGUGCCUACCACGCCCAAGAGAAAGCGCAGUCAAGGUAAAAGCAAGGGGAAGGAACCUGAGAACAAUGGUAGUUACCUAGAAGAAGCUGAUAUUUCAAUGGCACAAGCUGCAAAGAGAAGACAAAGAAAAGAACCAACAACUGGCUGUGACAUGAAUCUAUCAGAGAUUCAGUACCAUGAGCUAUGUGACUACCAGAAAACACAUUGGUUGUAUUUCCCAAUGUUACAACAGGAAGGGUGGAGAUCUGAUGCCAUUUGCAGCAAAUCAUUCGCUGGACAACAACACAAGGAUGUUUCUGCCUUUGACUCCAAGUACUACAGUUUCACAACUCAACCCAGUGGUAAUAGAGUCCUAACCAAUGAAGAAAAACGUGAAGGUACCUUUCAAAGAAGGCAACAGUCUGAAUUCAAUGUUCUCUCGGAUAAGAUAGAUACACCAAUAAAGAAGAGAACUACAGGCCAUGCUCGAUUCCGGAAUUUAUCUUCCAUGAAUGAAGUUUCUGAGCUGUUACCCUCAGGAUAUCAUAGCAAACCACUGCAGAAGGAUAAUAAGCGAAUCAUUCAGUCUGUGAAAUCACAAACCAACCAGAAAACUCUUCUUCUAAAUCCUUUUCAGUUUCCAGUUUCAGUUUCUGGUCUUUCUCCAGAUGAACUUUGGAAACAACGUUACUCGGUUCAAGCAAUCAGUGAGCAAUUGCGUCUAUUAGACAUCAACAGGGAGACUUCUGAAACUGCUCUCAUUCCUUACUCAAUGAAAACUCAAGGAAACCAAAUUGUAGUCUUCGGCAGUGGCGCUGGAGCACUUGUGCCUGUAACUCCUGUUAAGAAACGGCACCCACGGCCAAAGGUUGACCUAGACGAUGAGACAGAAAAAGUGUGGAGACUGCUACUGGAAAAUAUUAAUAGCGAGGGUGUUGACGGAUCAGAUGAGAAGAAGGCGAAAUGGUGGGAGGACGAACGUAAUGUGUUUCGAGGACGAGCUGACUCGUUUAUAGCACGGAUGCAUCUUGUACAAGGGGAUCGCCGUUUUACACCUUGGAAGGGAUCCGUUGUUGAUUCUGUUGUUGGAGUAUUUCUCACGCAAAACGUUUCAGACCAUCUUUCAAGCUCUGCUUUCAUGUCACUUGCUUCAGAGUUUCCUGUGACUUCAGUACCCAGCAGUAACUUUGACGUUGGAACAAGCUCCACGCCUUCUAUUCAAAUAACUUACUUGGACUCAGAGGAGUCGAUGUCAAGCCCAGCCGAUCAGAAUCACAGUUCUGUUAUCUUGAAAAACACAGAGGCUGAUGAGGAGAAGGAUUACGUACAUAGCAAUGAAAACUCCAGAAGCAGUAGUGAGAUUGCCAGCUCAGCCCAUGAAUCAGUUUGCAAAACCACGGAUUCAAAGAUGUAUGUGGAAUCAGAUCGAAAAGGCUCAAGUGUAGAGGUUGAUAAGACAGAUCAGGAGUGCCAUAUCUUAAACCUGUUUCCAUCUGAAGAUUCUGCACUUACAUCCCAACGGUCAGUGGUUUCUGAUGCUCCUCAAAAUAAAGAGAGACCAGGAUCAAGCUCGGAGAUCGACUUAGAAGAAGAGUAUCGUACUUCCUAUCUGAAGCUCCUACUUGGCGUACAAGGCUCACAAGAAGAGUCCAAUCAAAAGAGUCAGUGUGACAAUUCAAGGCAAGAAGUUGGGGUCUCAAGCAAUCAUGGAAGCUUCCAAGUAUCACCAAAUAUGUCUCCCGGUGAUUGUAGCUCAGAAGUUACGAAUUUACAAUCACUAAAAGUGACCACAAAAUCUUCUGAUGGGGAUGUUUUGAGUUGUCAGAAAUCUGAGCUGGCUGAAGGCUGUGCAAAAGGAAAAACGAAAUUGAAGGAGAAAAAAGAGGCGUUUGAUUGGGAUAGUUUAAGAAGAGAAGCCCAAGUUAGAGAAGGAAAAAGAGAAAAAUCAACAAGGACAAUGGACACUGUGGACUGGGAGGCAAUACGAGCUGCGCAUGUUAGUGAAGUUGCUGAAACUAUCAAGAGUCGCGGCAUGAACCAUAAACUUGCGGAACGUAUACAGGGCUUCCUUGAUCGACUAGUCAACGACCAUGGAAGUAUAGAUCUUGAAUGGUUGAGAGAUGUUCCACCUGAUAAAGCAAAAGAAUAUCUUCUGAGCUUUAAUGGAUUGGGUCUAAAAAGUGUGGAAUGUGUGCGCCUUCUAACAUUGCACCAUCUUGCAUUUCCGGUUGAUACAAAUGUUGGGCGCAUAGCCGUUAGACUUGGAUGGGUGCCCCUUCAACCGCUCCCAGAGUCACUGCAGUUGCAUCUUCUAGAAAUGUAUCCUGUUCUUGAAUCUAUCCAAAAGUAUCUUUGGCCUCGUCUGUGCAAACUCGAUCAAAAAACAUUGUAUGAGUUGCAUUACCAGAUGAUUACUUUUGGAAAGGUCUUUUGCACAAAGAGCAAACCUAAUUGCAAUGCAUGUCCGAUGAGAGGAGAAUGCAGACAUUUUGCGAGUGCGUUUGCAAGUGCAAGGCUUGCUUUACCCGGUACAGAGAAAGGCAUGGGGACGCCUGAUAAAAAUCCUUUGCCUCUGCACCUGCCAAAGCCAUUACUGAGAGAUCAAGGGUCAGAAGUAGUAAAGCACGCAGAACCAGCAAAACAGUUCACAUGUUGUGAACCAAUUAUCGAAGAGCCAGCAUCACCGGAGCCAGAAAGCGCGCAAGUAUCAAUAGCUGACAUAGAGGAUGCAUUUUUUGAGGAUCCGGAAGAAAUUCCUACAAUAAGGCUAAACUUGGAUGCUUUUACCAGUAAUUUGAAGAAAAUUAUGGAACACAGCAAGGAACUUCAAGACGGAAACAUGUCCAGCGCUUUAGUUGCACUUACAGCUGAAACGGCUUCUCUUCCAAUGCCUAAGCUCAAGAAUAUCAGCCAAUUGAGGACAGAACACCAAGUUUAUGAACUUCCAGAUGGGCAUCCUCUUCUAGUUCAGUUGGAGAAGAGAGAACCUGAUGAUCCGUGCUCUUACUUGCUUGCUAUUUGGACGCCAGGUGAGACAGCUGAUUCUAUUCAACCGGCUGUAAGUAAGUGUAUAUUCCAAACAAAUGGUAAGCUUUGUCAUGAGGAGACUUGUUUCUCCUGCAACAGCAUCAAGGAGGCAAGAUCUCAGACUGUGAGAGGGACAAUCUUGAUUCCAUGUAGAACCGCAAUGAGAGGUAGUUUCCCUUUGAAUGGGACUUAUUUUCAAGUUAAUGAGGUUUUCGCCGAUCAUGCUUCCAGCCUAAAUCCAAUCGAUGUUCCAAGAGAGUGGUUAUGGGACUUGCCUAGAAGAACUGUCUUCUUUGGAACCUCUAUACCUACGAUAUUCAAAGGCUUACGUACGGAUAAGAUACAACAAUGUUUCUGGAAAGGGUAUGUAUGUGUGCGUGGUUUUGAUCGAAAGACUAGAGGACCUAAGCCUUUGAUUGCAAGAUUGCACUUCCCUGCGAGCAAAAUGAAGGCGCAACAAGUUAACCUCGCCUAAUCCGAGUGGCAAUCAGACAGACAAAUACAGCUUUUGGUUAGAGAGAGAGCACUCUGGUCCAGUCUAGUAAAUGUAAGAAAGUGAAGCGUAAAGUUCACAGUCCUAGAGUUGUAACAGGUUUUUAAAUUCUAGUUGAGUUUCGUCUUAAUUUGUAUCAAAUACUUAGUCAUAAGAAACAGACCCGUAGUCUGAAUCAUUCUGUUUACGUUAUUUUA